UACUAGCGUGUCCUGUGUAAAUAAAUAGGAACAGUUUACUUAAUAUAGAGGAGUGAAAUUUAAAUAAAAUGAUAGAUCUAAUCAGUGAUCUACAAACCCCUGCAGUCCUGCUUGGUGAUAAAACAUGAACUAAAUAAUUCCUCCAUUAGGAUCCGUGCAGCAGUGUGAGAUGGAGGACUGGGAUUUAUUAAAGGUUCUGCUCUUUUUCACAUAUUCUGUUCAUCUUUCAGGAGCAGUCCCACACUCCCUGCAGUACAUCUACACUGCCAUCACACCAACUUUACACUGCACAGCUGUUGGUCUGGUUAAUGGAGAGCAGAUUGUGUACUACGACAGCAACACCAAGAAAAUUAUCCCAAAGACAGAGUGGGUGAAGAAGAUCGAAGCUGAUGAUCCACAGUACUGGGAAAUCCAGACAGAGCAUAUGCAGAAUCAACUGGAGUGGAUCCAAGAAAAUCUACAGGCGGUGAUGCAGAUCUUCAGUCACGCUAAAGGUGUUCAUAAACUUCUAAAGGUGUACGGCUGUGAAAUUGGUGAAAACAGCACCUCUAGUGGACACUAUAAGUACAGGUAUAAUAAAAAAGAUUUCUUCCAUCUCGAUCUAAAAACCGGAACCUGGACUCCAGCUGAUGAGAAAGCUGAGAUCUUUAUAAAGGCGUGGGAUCCGGAAGGAGAUAAAGCGAAAUGUUGGAAGGACUUCCUGGAGACUGACUGUGUUGACUGGUCUAAAAAGUACCUGAAUAAUGGCAUAAAGAUGGAGGACAGAUUGGGAUCAUCAUUGUUAUCAUUGUGGUUCUCCUUCUACUCGUUGCUGUUGUUGAUGGAAGAACUCUGCCCCUGAAGGAGAUUCUUCCUCCAAUAACUCCUAAAGUGUGAGAGUGUGUGAUCCAGCUGCAGUGAGAGAGAGAGAGAAGAUGGAGAUGAAAGAGUUAAAUGGACAUUGUAGCAACAUAAACAUCAGGAACACAUCAGGACAAACUGCACUGGUCACUAUAUCAUCUCAGAGAGUUUUGCCACAAUGGCCACUGAAUUGUUUAUUAGGGGAUAAACUUUUAGGCACUAAUUUAUAAAUGUCAAUUUUGUUUUUGUAAUAUAUUUAUGUUUGUUAAGUUGUUAAGACGAUGCUGAUUGUUAUUAGUACAGUAUAAAUACUUAACUGAACUGCACUAUAAUCACUUUUACUGAUAUAGAAUAUUAUAUAGAGUGUAUUUAAUCAGUAUAUGUACUUGAAUAAGCUCAUCCCCCAAAAAUGCACUAUCUCAGGUACAGUUGUUUCUGGGCUGAGCAUUAAGUGGAUUAUUACCACCUGAAGUGCCAUAAAAUCAACUAUGGCAUUGAAGCAGCAAUGAGACAUCAGUCAUCAUUCCUGACUAAAGGGAACAUGACUGGAAUUAUCCUCCAGAUAGACAAUCAUAUUUCUCCAUUAUUUGAGUGACAUCAAUAAUGUGAGACAUUAAUAUAUAUUUAAUCCAAUACUUUGUUUACAUUCCUGCUUGAGUUCCAGUUUGGUUGAGUUCCAGGUUAUUGUCCUCACACUGUGCAUAUAAUGUGAUAUAAUGUAAUAUGGUAUUUAUAUUAUAUUAUAUUAUAUUAUAUUAUAUAAUAGGAUGCUCAGUUUAUAAUCCAGUGUAAUUUAAUAUAAAAAUAUAAAGAGGUUGUUUUUUUGGUUCUAAGAAAAUAUCAUAUGUAGUGGCUUUGAGAAUAUGAUAAUGAUUAUAGUUAUUUUUUAAAUACACUAUUAGAUAUUGAAAAUUAUUUUUAUCCCAUAGAGGGAAAUUGAAUUAUUUUUUUAUGAAAUUCAUUAAUUAUUUGAUGAGCUGCUGGUUACAAAUGGAAACUGGAAAAUUUCUAUAAUUUCUGAUAUUGAUGGAGAUACUUUUUACUUUGACCACACACACCUUCCUGUAAUGGAGAACAGAGUGUCAUGGGUUAUGAAGUGAACUUUUAUGUUCUAUUAUUCAUGUUUUUUAUGUGUUUGUAUAAGUUGGUGUUUUUGCCCGAAUAGUCUUCUCACGAAUACUGCAGUUUUCAGGUAUAAAAUAUUCCCACAUGA